AUGUCGCUCCUCCUCGUCCUCCUCCUCGCCCUGGAGCCCCAAGUCGUCGUCGCCGCCGCCCUCGCCUACGGCUCUCCCUUUACCAACGCGACGGGCAUCUCGUGGAGGCCCUCGCAGGCCGCCCAGCGCACCUGCGGCCCCAUCACUUUUGCCGCGGACCCCAACCUCGAUCCCGCAAACUGGCGCCAGUGUGCCGCCCUCUACAGCCACUGGACCUCAGAGAACGGCACCUUUGGCGUCGCAAACGCAGACCACGGCCCCUCCUACAGGCCCAUUGUGGGCCAGACCGACUGCGCCCUCGCCGUCGCGCCGCUUGCCUCGACCACGGGCCCUUACCUGGUUGGCAGCAAGGACAUCGAGGCCAUCCUGCAGCGCAGCCUCCGUGACUUCUCGUACGGCUCCUUGCUCGCCGUCAACGGCACCGUCGACUGCGACGUGGCAAGCGGCGGCCGCGCCCCAAUGUCUUGGAAGAUCUCCAAACCUGAUGGCGUUCAGUAG